CGGCGGUUCAUUUGCAUGUGUAGCCACAGCGACCAAUGGGCGCGCUCGGCCGGGCAUGCCGGGAGCGGGACUGGGCCGGCCCGGCUGCGGCGGCGGCGGCGGCGGCGGCGGCAGCAGCAGCUGGCGGAGCGAGGCGGGACCGGCUCUGGGUGGCUGCGGCGGCAGUGGCGGACGUGGUGGCUGAGACGGCGGGACCGGGACCCGGGGGGCUGCGGCGCGCUCGGAGCCCCGAGAGCGCGCAGCGCGGGCAGCGCGGUGUACGCCCCUGCGGGGGCCGGGUCCCCAGGCCAGCCAGCCACGAUGAACUACCUGAACGUGCUGGCCAAAGCCCUCUAUGACAAUGUGGCUGAGUCCCCGGAUGAGCUCUCCUUCCGCAAGGGCGAUAUCAUGACGGUGCUAGAGCGGGACACACAGGGCCUGGACGGCUGGUGGCUCUGCUCGCUGCACGGGCGCCAAGGCAUCGUGCCCGGGAACCGCCUCAAGAUCCUGGUGGGCAUGCACGACAAGAAGCCAGCAGGGGCUGGCCCUGGCCCUCCUGCCCCGUCAGCCCCGCCCCAGCCUGGCCUCCACAGCCCGGCUACCCAGUAUACAUCCAUGCUGCCUGCCGCGUACCCACCCCAGCCUGACAGCGUCUACCUGGUACCCACCCCCAGCAAGACUCAGCAAGGUCUCUACCAAGCCCCCGGCCCCAGCCCACAGUUCCAGUCUCCCCCGGCCACUCAGACGUCCACAUUCUCGAAGCAAAUGCCCCAUCACCCAUUUCCCAGCCCAGCCCCAGACCUGUACCAGGUGCCUCCAGGGCCUGGCAGCCCUGCGCAGGACAUUUACCAGGUACCACCUUCCGCUGGGAUAGGGCAUGACAUCUACCAGGUCCCCCCAUCCAUGGACGCACGCAGCUGGGAGGGGACGAAGCCACCGGCAAAGGUGGUGGUGCCCACCCGUGUGGGACAGGGCUAUGUGUUUGAGACCUCCCAGCCAGAGCAGGAUGAGUAUGACAUCCCACGUCACCUGCUGGGCCCGGGACCCCAGGACAUCUAUGACGUGCCCCCUAUUCGGGGGCUACUUCCCAGCCAGUAUGGCCAGGAGGUAUAUGACACCCCCCCCAUGGCUGUCAAGGGUCCCAAUGGCCGGGACCCAUCUCUGGACGUCUAUGACGUGCCCCCCAGUGUGGAGAAGGGCCUGCCGCCAUCCAGCCACCAUGCGGUGUACGAUGUUCCUCCAUCGGUGAGCAAGGAUGUGCCCGAUGGCCCACUGCUGCGUGAGGAAACCUAUGAUGUGCCCCCUGCGUUCGCCAAGGCCAAGCCCUUUGACCCGACCCGCCACCCAAUGGUCCUUGCUGCACCCGCUCCGGACUCGCCGCCAGCUGAGGAUGUGUACGACGUGCCACCCCCGGCUCCCGACCUCUACGACGUGCCCCCUGGCCUGCGGCGGCCUGGCCCCAGCACCCUCUACGACGUGCCCCGCGAGCGGCUUCUUCCUCCCGAGGCAGCUGACAGCGGUGUAGCUGACGAUGGUGUGUACGCGGUGCCCCCGCCAGCCGAGCGGGAGGCCCCCGCUGAUGCCAAGCGCCUGUCGGCCUCCAGCACAGGCAGCACACGCAGCAGCCAGUCAGCCUCGUCCCUGGAGGUCGUGGUCCCGGGUCGCGAGCCCCUGGAGCUGGAGGUGGCUGUGGAGGCCCUGGCGCGGCUGCAGCAGAGUGUGAGCACCACUGUAGCCCACCUCCUGGACGUGGCGGGCAGUGCUGGCGGGUGUGGGGGCUGGCGCAGCACCACCGAGCCUCAGGAGCCCCCCGUGCAGGACCUGCGGGCGGCCAUGGCCGCUGUCCAGGGGGCGGUCCAUGAGCUGCUGGAGUUCGCCCGUAGCGCCGUGGGCAAUGCUGCCCACACUUCCGACCGCACGCUGCAUGCCAAGCUUAGCCGGCAACUGCAGAAGAUGGAGGACGUGUACCAGACGUUAGUGGCCCACAGUCAGACUUUCGACAGUGCCCGGGGAGGCCCCGGGGCCACUCCUGAAGACCUAGACCGCCUGGUGGCCUGCUCACGGGCUGUGCCCGAGGACGCCAAGCAGCUGGCCUCCUUCUUACAUGGCAACGCCUCGCUGCUCUUCAGACGGACCAAGGCUCCUGUGCCAGGGCCCGAGGGGGGCAGCCCCCUGCACCCAAACCCCACUGACAAGGCCAGCAGCAUCCAGUCCCGGCCCCUGCCCUCACCCCCCAAGUUCACCUCUCAGGACUCGCCAGAUGGGCAAUAUGAGAACAGUGAGGGGGGCUGGAUGGAGGAUUAUGACUACGUCCACCUGCAGGGGAAGGAAGAGUUUGAGAAGACCCAGAAGGAGCUAUUGGAAAAGGGCAACAUCAUGCGGCAGGGGAAGGGCCAGCUGGAGCUGCAGCAGCUGAAGCAGUUCGAGCGGCUGGAGCAGGAGGUGUCACGACCCAUAGACCAUGAUCUGACCAACUGGACCACAGCCCAGCCCCUGGCCCCGGGGCGGACAGGCGGCCUGGGGCCCUCGGACCGACAGCUGCUGCUUUUCUACCUGGAGCAGUGCGAGGCCAACCUGACCACGCUGACCAACGCGGUGGACGCCUUCUUCACCGCUGUGGAAACCAACCAGCCGCCCAAGAUCUUCGUGGCACACAGCAAGUUCGUCAUCCUCAGCGCCCACAAGCUGGUGUUCAUUGGGGACACGCUGUCUCGGCAGGCCAAGGCUGCUGACGUUCGCAGCCAGGUGACUCACUACAGCAACUUGCUGUGCGACCUCCUGCGUGGCAUUGUGGCUACCACCAAGGCGGCAGCCCUGCAGUACCCAUCGGCCACCGCCGCCCGGGACAUGGUGGACAGAGUCAAGGAGCUGGGCCACAGCACCCAGCAGUUCCGCCGGGUGCUGGGCCAGCUGGCAGCCGCCUGAGAGCCGAUGUCCAGAGCGAUGGAGGGGCGCGGAGGUCACGCUGCCCCAGGCACACACCCCAAGAGAGUCAUGGCGCCGCUGGCAUCGGGACGCGCAACCCUAGCUCCACCCAGGCCUGGGGUCCCAAACUGUCCAGGGAUUUGUACAUAUUUAUGACGGGGCAGGAUAUGGGAUGGUGCAGAGCUGGGCCCGUGAGCCUAGGCCAAGUUGCAGGCGCGUGGUCUUCCCCGAGUGUGCUGCGGGCCGGGGGAGGGUCAAGGGGGCCCGGCCAGGAGCAUGCAGGCCCCCUGACCCAUAGGGCCUGGGGUGACC